GACACAUUGAGCUCCAGCUGGAUGGAGGGGACAAUGCCUGCUCAGGACGUGUGAAAGUAAGACAUGGAGACACCUGGGCUACAAUCUGUGAUGCACACUUUGAUCUCAAAGCUGCCAGUGUUAUCUGUAAUGAACUACAGUGUGGAACAGCUCUAUCUAUCCCAGGAGGAGCUCACUUCGGAGAAGGACAUGGACCAAUCUGGCCUGAGGAAUUCCAGUGUGUAGGGAAUGAGUCACACCACGUGUACUGUCCCAGGAAAUCACAUGGGAGUCAGACUUGCUCACAUGCAAAUGAUGCCAGUGCCAUAUGCUCACGGUACACAGGAUUCCGGCUGGUGAACGGCAGCACAGCGUGCUCAGGGAGGGUGGAGAUCCAGGUUCUUGGUGCCUGGGGAACCCUCUGUGACUCACGCUGGGAUUUACCAGAUGCCAACGUUCUCUGUCAUCAGCUCGACUGCGGAUUCGCUGAAUCAGUCCCAGGAGAAGCGUAUUUUGGGAAAGGAACCGGCUCUGUCUGGACAGACACAUAUCACUGCAAAGGGACUGAACCCCAUUUGAGCCAUUGCCCUGUUACUGCUCUGGGGGCCUCUCAGUGCUCACACGACAAUGAUGCCAGUGUGAUUUGCUCAG